GCGCUGCAGCGGGCGGUCAUGGCGGCGGCGCGGAGCCGUAAGCGGCGCCUGGCGGAGCUGACGGUGGACGAGUUCCUGGCCUCGGGCUUUGAUUCCGAGUCGGAGUCGGAGCCCGAAGGAGCCGCGGGAGCCGAGGCGCGGGCGGCGCGCGGAGCCUCCCGGAUCCCGGAAGGGCCCGACGGCAGCCCCUCGGCCAGCCGACGUAAAGGGCGUGCAUCUGAGCACAAGGACCAGCUUUCUCGGCUGAAGGACAAAGACCCUGAGUUCUACAAGUUCCUGCAGGAGAACGACCAGAGCCUGCUGAACUUCAGCGACUCGGACAGCUCUGAGGAUGAAGAGGAGCAGCUCCACUCCCUGCCAGACGUGCUGGAAGAAGCAAGUGAGGAGGAAGGCGAGGAGGACAAGGAUGGGGCCUCUAGAGGACCGAAGGGGAAGAAGAGGGGUUGCACCCCUGUGACCCUCGCCAUGGUUGAGAGAUGGAAGCAGGCAGCACAGCAGCACCUCACUCCAAGGCUGUUCCACGAAGUCGUGCAGGCAUUCCGAGCAGCUGUGACCAUCACCCAAGGAGACCAGGAGGGUGCUGAGGCCAGCAAAUUCCAGGUCACAGACAGUUCUGGUGAGCUGGGGCCAGGGAACCUGGGAUAUGGGCUCUGUUCUAUCUGCUGUCCUGUGAGUGUCAUCUGUGGUCCCCUCGUUGCAGUGUUCAACGCUCUGGUCACCUUUUGCAUCAGAGACCUCUUUGGCUGUCUCCAGAAGCUGCUGUUUGGAAAAACCCCAAAGGACAGCAGCAGGUUGCUGCAGCCAUCCAGCAGCCCGCUUUGGGGGAAGCUCCGGCUGGAUGUCAAGACUCACCUGAGCUCAGUCAUACAGCUGGUGGCCUGCGUGGCAGAGGCGACGGUGGCGGCGGCCCUCCUGCAGCACAUCAGCAGCUCCAUGCCCUACUUCCUGACUUUCCCCAAGCAGUGCCGCAUGCUGCUCAAGAGGAUGGUGGUCCUGUGGAGCACAGGCGAGGAGACACUCCGCGUGCUGGCCUUCCUGGUCCUCGUCAGAGCCUGCCGGCACCAGAAAGACACCUUCCUGAGCCCCGUCCUGAAGCAAAUGUACAUCGCGUACGUGAAGAACUGCAAGUUCACCUCUCCCGGCGCUCUGCCCCUCAUCGGCUUCAUGCAGCGGACGCUGACUGAGCUCCUGGCCCUGGACACCAGCGUGGCCUACCAGCACGCCUUCCUCUACAUCCGCCAGCUCGCCGUCCACCUGCGCAAUGCCAUGACCACGCGCAAGAAGGAGACGCACCAGUCCGUGUACAACUGGCAGUUCGUGCACUGCCUGCAGCUGUGGUGCCGCGUCCUCAGCACCAUCUGCCCCAGCGACACCCUCCAGCCCUUGGUCUACCCCCUCGCCCAGGUCAUCCUCGGCUGCAUCAAGCUGGUCCCCACGGCGCGCUUCUACCCACUGCGCAUGCACUGCAUACGUGCCCUGACGCUGCUCUCCGAGGGCACGGGCACCUUCAUCCCUGUGCUGCCCUUCGUCCUUGAGGUUUUCCAGCAGGUUGACUUCAACAAGAAGCCGGGGCGCAUGAGCUCCAAGCCCAUCAACUUCGCUGUGAUCCUGAAGCUGUCCAAAGUCAACCUGCAGGAGAAGGCUUACCGGGACGGCCUGGUGGAGCAGCUGUAUGACCUCACCCUCGAGUACCUGCACACUCAGGCCCACAGCAUCGCGUUCCCCGAACUGGCGCUGCCCGCCAUCCUGCAGCUGAAGUCCUUCCUCCGAGAGUGCAAGGUGGCCAACUACUGCCGGCAGGUGCGCCAGCUGCUGGAGAAGCUGCAGGAGAAUGCAGACCACAUCUGCAGCCUCCGCCAGAGGGCCUCCUUCGGUGUGACAAACCUCCAGGCCGUGGAUGACUGGGAGAAACAGAUCCGCAAGGAGGGGACUCCGCUCACUAAGUACUACAGCCAGUGGCGGAAACUGCGGGACCGUGAGAUCCAGCUGGAAAUCAGCGGCAAAGAGCGGCUGGAAGAUCUGCACUUCCCUGAGAUAAAGCGGCGGAAGCUGGGGGACAGGAAGGAUGAGGACAGGGUGGAAUUCAAGGACCUCUUUGACCUGGAUAGUGAGGAGGAUGCUGUGGACUUCUCAGAGAGAGGUACACCUGCGUCCUCUGGAGCUCAGCAGAGGGUAGAGGAGGAAGACAAGGAUGAGGAUGAUGAAGAUGAGGAUGAUGGCAGCAGUAGUAGCCAAGAUGUUAGCAACUCAGAGGAUGGAGGCCCAGAUGCAGAUGCAGAGCUGGCCCCCCGGGAGUUGUGGCGGCUGCUGGCCCAGGGGCCGGAGGAUGAGCUGCAGGACCUACAGCUCUCCGAGGAGGACUGAGGACUCGGCCACCACCCGUGGCUGCGGGGCCUGUCAGCAGUGUCCCCAUCUCACCAGGGGUCAGUGCCCAAAUGGGGGAAGGACAGUAGGUGGCGGAUGGGGCUUUAUUUUCACAACACAAAAGACCAUGAAGUACCAAGCGCUGUGUGCUGAUGGCUGGAGCGGUGGCCUUGGGCCCGACCCCUGCACCGUGGAACCUGCUGCUGCCGCACCCCAGGGGCAUGUCCCCGUGAGGGAAGCUGACCUCGCCUGAGGUCAGGGUGCUGAAGACCCAGAGCAGUCCCAGCUCCAGAGGGAGCCAGGGCCAGUGAGCUGCCUGUCUUUGGUUUGUCUGCAGCAUCCAGGUUCAGAUCCCCAGGCCUGCGCCAGGCUUUGCCGGUACCCCCAAAAGUCUUUGGGAAGGUGUUCCUUUCUCUUAAGUCACGUGUUUUCUUUUUAAAAGUUCUGUGUGUUUUCACUUCCAAAACUGAAGGACAUGAGCUGUGAGGGAGGGGCCUCUGCACUGCAGCAACUGGCACUGAGGGACCGUGGGCCUGGCCGGCCCAUCCCACAACUCAGCACAGAGGCUGGGAGGGGUCUGCUGGCCCUGGGAGCAGAGUCACAGUCCCAUUCUCUUGCUUGGGUGAGGUUCGGCCAGCAGUGGGGUGACCCCCACCAUAGGGCGAGGGGACCAUUGUGGGGGA